GUCUGCUCCAAAGUCAAUCUAAUGUCAAUAAUAAAGAAUUUAUUAAUUUGAAAGAGUAAGACUAUACAUCCCAGCACAAUGGCUGAGACAGAGGGCUCGGAUGAUAUGUCAGAGAAUGAUUUGCUCAACAAGAGCUUGUCUGUUUGGAAGGGUUUUGAGGAACCGGUGGCCCUCGACUUGCACACAGCAUCCAGCCUGGGACUGUAUGAUUGUGUGAAGGAACACAUAGCAAAUGACCUGGUAGAUGUAGAUCACAGAAACAAGGGCGGUUGGACUGCCCUCAUGUACGCCUGCUAUAUAGGACACGAGUCGAUUGUUAGUCAGCUACUGGACCAGGGCGUCAGCGUAAACUUAAGGAAUGGGAAAAAAGAGACAGCUCUCAUGUUAGCCGCAAGCUGUGGGAAUGAUAGAGUUGGCAGGCUUUUGUGUAAUCAAGGGGCGGAGUUAGAGUGCCAGGAUGAGAGGGGAUGGACGGCGCUGUUUCAUGCCACAUACUCUGGACAUCAGAACAUGGUGGGAUUUCUCCUGAAACAGGGCGCAAACAUGCAUGCAGUUGAGAACCGCCUGGGUAUGACGCCAUUCAUGGAGGCUGCUGCAGAAGGACAUGAAAUCAUUCUCCAGCUUUUCCUCAGACAUGGCGUGAAUGUGAAUGCUAAGGCGUACAACGGGGACACUGCCCGAUCCCUCGCUCUUAUCAACGGAAAUAUGAAGAUUGUCAGUCUCAUAGACAACCAUGUAACACCUAUCACUUCACUGAGGGCUGAACCAGAGCUUGGUUCUUCCGUAGACACUUUCACACGCACAAAGAACCUCCGGUUGGGUCGAGGGAAGGCUGUUGGCAGUGGCCCUAGCAUCAUGGACGGGCCUCAGGCCAUUGCGAGGCUUAUAGACAGGACUGGGAAAGAUGGGGGCCCUCCAAAAGCUCCUGAAGUCCCUGGUGGUGGUGUGACCUCUGAGGACACAGACUCGUCCGUGGAACAGCCCCAGAAGCUCUCGUACCGAGACGUGACAUCACCCAUCAACCCGGAGGAUUAUAAGCUGGACAGCUCAGGCAGCAGAGAAUACAACGAAACAGAAGAUGACGCCAAUAUGUUUUCUAAAACUGGAGCCCUAACUAUUAUAAGUAGCUCUGGAUCUAGUGGGGGAUUUGCAGCAGCAUUUAACAUUCACCGUGAGGACAGUAUGGAUAGUGAUGAAUUUCCUCAUGAUUCCUCAUGCGGAAAUUCCCAUCACCAUGACAACAGUGCAGAGAGCUCUUCAGAUUCAGGAUCAGAAGAAAAUCCAACAGCCAAUCAGAAUGCAGCAUUGGAGAAAAUUAGUCCCACAGUGAAUGAAAACAAGAUUGUUGAUAGGUCAAGUGAAAAAUCUGAUAAAAUUGAUAAUGCAAGUGAGAAAAAGCAGUUACAAAGUAAGAAAUCAAAAGAACUAAGACUGACCACAGAUAAAGUGUCAGAAAUCAUAGAACUAAAGAAUUCAGUCUCAGAGUGGAUCGACAGUGUUAAAGAUACACAUCCAGUAAUAGACACCAAUUUUGAAGAAGGCGACAAAGAUGAAGAUGCAGCAAUCAAACCAGAAUAUCAACCAAAGAUGAAAUCAUCAAAAUCCAGUGACAUUCAAAGCAGCAGUCAGUCAUCUCCAACACAUUUAUCCAGUCAACUGGAAGCAAAACUUUUGAUCGACCAAGUUGCAAAAAGUGUCGAAUCACAUGAUCCAAGACCAGGGAAAGAGUUUUUGCAAAAUAACAUGUCCAGUUUAAACAUUCUUAACAAAACAAGUGAAGGGUAUACUAAUCAAGAUAUUCAGGGUUACCAUGGAAACCAAGGGCCCAGAAUUCAGCCCCCGCCUGGAUUUACCGCUCCAGUUAAUGCAUAUCCUAUUAUAGCUCAGGAUGGAGGAGUAAGCCAGCCACAAAUUGCGUACAUGGGAAUGGGUUCACAAGGACAGACAGACGCACAGGUAGACAAACCAUCCUCCAAUGCUGUCUUCAUGGAGAAAAUGGAGAAAUGUACACCCCGAGAUUUGGCAGCCCUUCUAGAAGACCUGGGACUGUCCAAGUACGUCCCUACCUUUGAGGAACAAGACGUUGAUCUACAGGUCUUCUUGUCUCUCAACGACAAUGAUCUCAAGGAAAUUGGAAUCAAAUUAUUUGGUCCUCGCAAAAAGAUGAUGAACGCCAUUGCGAGGUGGCACGGGAAGGCCAGGAUUUCUGUGGGGGAACUUGAGCAGGCAUAUGCUGAUAGAUUAGAAGGAGAAAUGCAAGAAAUGGGUGUGCAGUUGCAAAUGGCUGUUGAGCAGCUAGAGAAAUUAAAAGCGCAGGUGAAACAAGAACAACAACUCCGUAAUGUGACAGAGUCUUGCCUGAUGGAAGAACGCGGUGCAUGGACGCAAGUUCAGAGAAUCGUCGUGGAUACCAGGCAGCAGUGUGAGGACUUUAAAGAUGCACUACGCAAACUUAUGCAAUACAUAGCAGAACUGAAAUCUAGAGUCCCAGUCGAGCUUCAAGGUCAUCAAAAGCGACCAGUCAGAGGAUCGGGUAAGGACGAAAAAGGCGUGUUUCCAGCAGAGACAGUGGCACGCAAGGUUGAUUACUAUAUACAAGAGAUACAGCUGUUAUUGACCAAUGUUACGGCUAAUACAGACAGACUUCUUGGGAGAAACACACACACAGAGUCACCUGAACGAACAUAUACUUGAUGGACAUUUAUUGUUGAAAAGAAGUCAUUUAGGUAAUAGUUACUGCACAUCUUUGAAGCGCUCAUUAAUCAUUUUAAUCAAAAGGGUACUAGGUAACAUAACUCAGGGCUCUAAAGUUCAGGAUUUAUUCUGGAAUUGGGAUUGAGAGCUUUUUCUAUAGACUAUUGCAUUGUUGUAAGGUGGUUUUUUAUAUUUGCAUCAAAAACAGUAGAAAGUACCUUGAAAUGAAUAUAAAUGACUUUGGAAAAAGGGGUCUACUUUUCAAGAUUGACAAUUAUCAGCUGUUAGAUCCCCUGGAAACUGUUUGUAUAUGUUUGGACAAUGUUCUAUAACUGGUGUGCUGUAUAGUGGAUAGUGAAAAGCGCUGUAAUUUAUUUGCACGCUAGCUAUGUAAUGUAUAGAUGAAAACAAAGGGAACACUCAUUAAUGGUACAUCUAUUACUUUUGGUGUUAUUGGCAGCAUUGUCAGCUAAAGCUUUGGAAGGUAUUGUUGCUUGGGGAAUAAAGGACAGGGUUUUAGGGGAAUAGAAUGGAGAAGGGGAUUUUAACAACCCAUAGGAUAUGUAUAUCUGUCUCUUUUUUUGGGGGGAAAGGGAAAGGGGGAUGAUGAUUUUAGCAGAAUAGACAGGUUUUGGAGAUUACAUGAUAAACAUAUCUCUCUCUUCGUUUUUUGAGGGAUGGGGAAAUGAAAGGGGCGUGAGACUUUUAGGGGAAUGUAAGGAAGUUAACAAACUACAUUAUACAUUUACAUAGAUCUGUCAGUGUAGAUCUGUCAGUGUUUCUUUAUUUGUUUGUUAGAGAAAUUUUGUUAUUGAAAUCAAUUGAAAUUGCCAACCAAAUAGUUAUCUUUUUUCCUAAAGACUGAAUGUUAAUGUAAUUUUAAAAUAAUUUUUACAUUUAAGUAUUAAGUAUGUUAAUAUAAUUUCAUCAGAACUCAUACUUCCCAAUGUAAGUUGUAUGGUUUUUCAUUCACAUUUCCCAGUGAUUUGCAAUCAGCAAUGAUGUAUUACAGAUAUUUAGCAAUAUUUUUGCGUUGUAUUACAUCUUUUCCAUGCCACCAUUUGCAAUAUCUUAAGAAAUCCAAUGUACUACUUGUAAUAUGCCAGUUAUUUUAUCAUAAGUCAUAAAUUUUGUGACCCCAUUAUAUUGUUAUGGUAUCAUUUGAAGGUGUAAUAUUUGCAGAUUACAGCACAAGAAAUAAAGCACUAAAAUACAUUCUACAGUUACUGCUGUUUGUAUUUUUGUUAUUUAUUUCAUUUGAAAUUGAAUGUGAUUUUAAUUUAAUAUUUUUUUUUAAAAUACAAGCAUAAAAGACAAUUUUCAAUAGAGAAACUGUCGCUUUUGGCAAAUUAGAGCAUUUUCUGUGACUUUUAAAAUAUUAUUAGCAAUCGAGUUCUUAUGUGAACUUUCGAUAAUGUUAUCAGAAAACAAGCAUUUUGUUUCCUUCUCACAUGUAAUAUUUUUAUUUGAUGUCUGACCUUAUUAAACAUAUAGGAGACCCUUUAAGUGAAAAGUUUAUUUCAUUACUCUCUUACCAGUAUACAAGAUAAUGUUUAGGGAUGUAAUCUAAAUUUUAGCAGAAAUUUUGAGUCUUUUUAAAUGUUUUUACUACAAAAUUAGCAAUUUUAUUUCUUUUAUUUUGAAUGUCAUGGUUUAAAAUUGUCAUUGUUUUAUUGGGGACAUUGUUAAGAUAAUUAUUAUGCUUAUGUGUAUGUUAGUAAAUUAAACCAGUAAUUUUAAAUGGAGUACUUGGUAUCUUUAAUUGAAAAAGAUUAUUGAGGGUAUUGUAUGUACUGGUUAACCUCCUGUAUAGUGCAUUUUGUUAGUCCUGUUUAUACAAUAGCUUCAAAUUGUUUUAUAGUUUCAAAGGAUCAGAUAUUUAGGUACAGGGUGAUUUCCAGGUCAGGGGUAAUAUCUGUGUCAGGGUAUAUAUCCGGGUUGGGGAAUUAUAAAUGUGCUGAUAUCCUGGUACAGGGUGUGAGAAAUAUAGAUGAGCAGAUAUCCUGGUUUAGGGUGGGAGAAAUAUAGAUGAGCAGAUAUCCUGGUUUAGGGUGGGAGAGAUAUAGAUGAGCAGAUAUCCUGGUUUAGGGUGGGAGAGAUAUAGAUGAUCAGAUAUCCUGGUUUAGGGUGGGAGACAUAUAGAUGACUAGAUAUCCUGGUUUAGGGUGGGAGAGAUAUAGAUGACUAGAUAUCCUGGUUUAGGGGGGAGAGAUAUAGAUGACCAGAUAUCCUGGUUUAGGGGGCAGAGAAACAUGUAUACAUUAUUGGAUAUCCAGGGCCAGGGUUGGAGAAAAAUAGAUCUGUCUUUUCAUUUUCUUGUAAAGGAAUAUUUUAUUUAUCCAAAUUAUUCUGUCAUUUAUAUGUAUUGAAAUUGAAAAUUAAUAUCUGUAAAAUCUUGAACCGUACACAUGUGUGGUCAAUAAUAAAUUUUGAUCAAUUAUUUUGUUAACAAUUGAAAAGGGAAAUAAUUUAAGGGGAAUAUAUUAUGGGAAUGCAUAAUGAUUAAUGAAAACGUUCAUACUGUUGUGAAUUACCUUCAUUUUUUGCAUGUAUGGUAUACAAUGCUUACAUAUUUCGAUCUUACUUGUUUGUCUAGUUGUCAGAGUUGACAUAGUUGUUAUUAUGAAGUGUGUUUUAUAUUGAAAGGUUAUCAUUUCUAUUCAAAAUGUUUGUUAUUUCUAAACGCAAAACUUGUUUUUGAUAAAAACCUUUUAUGCUUGAAAUUUAUUUUACAACAGUUUUGGAACAAUUUAUUACAAUAUUUUGUGAUAACAUUUGCACAAUGUUAUGAGGAAAUUUGAUCUCACAGAAUGAAACUAACAUAAAUGAUUUGUGGCUCUAGUAUCUCAGCUUUUUAUAUUAAUUUUACUAAUAUGGUGACACAUUUUUUAAUUACUAAUAGACAGACAGUCAAUUAGUAGCACACCUUAAUGUACAUCCUCAAUUAACAUUUUUUAUGUUGUUGUUGUUUUUUUAUAUCCAUUUGCAUACAUGUACAAUUUGUAAACAACUUACAACAGCUUGCAUAAUGCAACUUCAUAUUGAAUUAAUAUUAUAUAGCAUGAAUUGUGUGCAUAUUUCUUUUUCUUUUUUGUAAGAUGUACAGUUUGAUAAAAAAUGGUUGUAUGUUUAUGUCGCACCAAAGGAUUUUUUGCUGAAAGUGGUUUUUCUUUGUAGUAAAUGAGUUAGUCAGUUACACAUAUUGACAUAUUUGUGACGUAUGAUGUCGGCGAAAAUAAGUCAUGUGGAGGCAGACGCAUAAUUAUCAGAAAUUGGGAUUUAUCAAAGUGAUUGGAUAAAUAGUCAACUCAUCACAACAUGUAGAACUGAUGAAGUGAUAUUUUCUAAAUAGCUGUGAUUGUCCACUUACCAGGAACAAUACUUUGAAAAAAAACUCCAUAGGAAAGGACUAAUUUUUAUUGACAACAUCACAUUCAUAUGGUUCAAUUUAUACUGAGUGCAACAGCAUAAUUUUUUCCAAACCAGGAUUUCUGACUUUUGGCAAAAAAUCACGUGUUGCGACAGUGUUUCUGGUUGUUGAAAAUAAUAUGUAAUUUUUCAUUUGCAAAUAGUCUCGUGUAAAAUAGCUGUGAUAGAUAAUAUGUAUUCCGUCCAAUUUGUGUUCAGUGUUCUAACAUUUAUCAUUGUCUUUAUCUAAUAAUUUAUCAUUUAGCUGAAAGCAUUAACUGUGUUUAAAGGGGCACUCCCAAGCUUGGAUCAAGAGCCAGCAUUUCCAUUUCAAGUAAAGAUUCACCAAUAGUUUAAGCCUAUUAUAGAUUUUCUGGUUUUCCCAAGCUAUUCCUCCAGUACAAACAAAAUUAUACCAUUUUAAUAUACACAGGAUAGUUAGGAAACAAUAGAGUCACUGGACUGUUACAUGAAUUUCAAUAGCUCAAAAUUCACCUUUUAUUUUUACCGGCAUGGGAAAACCCAGUUAUGUGAAUUCUGGGCUAGAUAUACAUGUAUUGAUAUGUGAUAAUGAAAGGCAUCAUUAUGAUUUGCAAGGGCAAGAAAUGUUCCUGUAAAUUUAUUUUUGUUGAAUUACAAAAGUGUGUACAGUGUUAUGGUAUGAAACUGUAUGAGCAGUUGUGAUAUACAAGUAAAAAAUGAUUAAAAAAUCAGCAGAAAUGCAUUAGAUUUAUUUUAUAUUUGAACAAACUGUCAGAGACGAAAUGCUCCUUUUAAUAAAUGUCUUCAGAAUCAUGAGAAAUGACAGUUGGAAUCAAAACUUAAGAAGGACCCAUAGGGACUUUACAUUUUAUAAUUCUUGAUAUGACACUUCACAAUUUCAUGUCAGGAUGUUUCAUCAAGUGUGAAAUGGUGAUAUUUAAAGCGUGAAGUUUGAAAGUUGUGAUUAUUUUAAAGGAAAUUUGCGAAAUCAUAAAAUUUGGAGUCAUCACAGUUCUUUUGCAAAAAAUCCAUAGACUACUUAAAGCUGCACUCUCACAGAUUGAACGUUUUGACAACCUUUUUAUUUUUUGUCUUGGAAUGAACUAAUUUUGGCGAAAAUCCAUGGAAACCAGUUAUAUUAGACUGCUGACAAAAAAUUAAAUUGCAGAUUUUUAUAUUUAAGUUAAAAAAUUGAUGUUUUAUGCAUUUUUCUUAAACCGAAGGUAACGGUUUAAGCCAUAAAACAUUAAUUUUGAACGGAAAUAUUAUAAUCUAUGCUCUGAUUUUUUGUCAGCAAUCUUAUAUCAUUGGUUUGCAGAUAUUUACAAAAAGGCAAAAAAUAAAAAAGUUGUAAAAAUGGUAUAUCUGUGAUAGUGCAGCUUUAAAAUCAAUUUAUAGAAGAAAUGAAAUUCACUUGUGUGUUUAGACAAUCACCAUAGAUCAGAAUAGUUUGUGGAAACACAUUUAGAGGUUAUAAUUUAUAAAUAGAACAGUGUGUCACAUCAAAGAAGUCUCCUAUUACUGACAAACGUUACUGCUGAUUAUGAGUGGCACAUUGUAUUGUGUUUAAGAACAAUUACAGGAUGAACAAAUUUAUUCACAAUACUAGACCACUAGUGUUGAUUUUACUUUUUUUUGUUAGCUUCAAGUAAUGUAUUGUUUUGAAGACUGGAGUCAUCAGUGUUUUUUUCUACAUGUUACACAAUACCAUCUUACAUGCCCUAAGCUAACAUUUCAUGUUUAGUUUCAUUAUUUGUGUUGUCAAAUUGAAAUUGACAAACAUGUUAAACAUGUGCAAUAAAAUAAAAGAUCUAGAACAAAAUGGGUUUAUUAGUAACUUACUGUGCCAUAGCAUACUAUUUCUGCUUCUAUUUUUAUGUCCCCUGUGUAAAAUGGCAGACGCAUAGGGACAAUGUUGUCUGAUGUUCGAGUUCCAUACUUCUAAGUCUGCUCUCUUACUAAACAUUUUUUAACCUAUAUUUUCCAAACUUGGUUACAGUGUUUAUGGGCAUACUAUCUCAGCUGAGUUAAUUUUACGGUGAUAAGCCUUGAAUUGUCCAAGUUUGACCAAAUUUAUCUUAGUCCUCUCUCUUCCUAACGUUCUUAUCCAAUUCUUCGCUAAUCGGAUGACAAUGAUAUACCAAUUAGAUAUAAUCAUUGUCAUCCGACUAGUGAAGGACCGUAUAUCUAUUUAUAUAUUCUAGAGUUAAGGCCAUUAAAUUGUCAUAACAUGGCUAAAUUUACUAUUCCAUUAUUUUAAUUUGAGCAUUUCUUCUCCAACACUUACAAAAUCAUCAAACUAUUCGUAUACUUAGAUGUUAAAAUUUGGCCUAAUUGAUCUUAUAUUUUCAAAUGCCCAAUAAUUUCAUAUCCAAUCAUUAAUAACCCUCCAGAUUGCAACAUUGCAAUUUGAAGUUAUUAGCCUCAUCAUUUUAAUAUAUCACUGCCAGUGUUCUUAAUAAGAGGUUAUGGGUUUAUUCCCUGCAAGGAGUACUUUCUUAUGGACUCUUAAAAAGGACACCAGUACUGGAUUCUGCCCAGAUUUUUUUGUCUAUUGAGUGGCUUUUGUGUUAAGUAUUUGCAAAAUAUUUCUAGCACAAUACAUAACUUUAACCUUUCUUUCGUCUUCAAAAAGACCAAGUUAAUAAUAACCUGGCGUUUUUCAAACAAAGGAGUCAAAAGUCUUUUUAAAUACAUUUAACACUCAUCUGAGCAGAUACAAACAUAUAACAAGAGAUGUUUGUCGAACAUUAUGCCCCCCCUGAGCGCCAUGUUGUCAGGAUUAAAUGGACAAUUGAAUGAAAUAUGCAUGGACCGAAAUGACAGCUGAUUUAUUGCUGUUUUAAGAUUAUGACCAUUAAAGUGUGAGGAUAAAGUGUUUUAUGACCGUCAUGACCUUUGACUCUAUGAACUCAAAAUCCAGAGUCAUCAGCUGGUCACCAGGAAUCUAAAUGUCAAGUUUGAGGGCCAUGGGUGCAGGCAUUGUCAAGUUAUCACAAGACAAGUUUUUUUCGUUCAAGGUCACUGUGACCUUGACCUUUGACCUGAUGACCCCUUAAAUCAUAAGGGGUCACCUACAAGUCAGAUGCAACUCCAAGUCAAGCUUGAAGGCCAUGGGUUCAGGCAUUGUUGAGUUAUCACUCAGACAACCUUUUACCAUUCCAGGUCACUGUGACCUUGACCUUUGGCCAGAUGACCCCCAAAAACCAUAGGGGUCAUCUCCUGGUCAGGCCAAUUCUCCAAGUCAAAUUUGAGGGCCAUGGGUGCAGGCAUUGCUGAGUUAUCAGUCGGACAACCUUUUACCAUUCAAGGUCACUGUGACCUUGACCUUUGGCCCAAUGAUCCCCAAAACAAUAGGGGUCAUCUACUGGUCAGGCCCAACCUCCAAGUCAAGUUUGAGGGCCAUGGGUGCAGGCAUUGUUGAGUUAUCACAUGAACAACCUUUUACCAUUAAAGGUCACUGUGACCUUGACCUUUGACCCAUUGAGUCCAAAAAACAAUAGGGGUCAGCUACUGGUCAGGCCCAACCUCCAAGUCAAGUUUGAGGGCCAUGGGUGCAGGCAUUGUCACGUUAUCACUCGGACAACCUUUUACCAUUCAAGGUCACUGUGACCUUGACCUUUGGCCUGAUGACCCCCAAAAACAAUAAGGGUCAA